AUGAAAACAUCUUCAGUAUUGGCCGCCGCCUUGGUGGCGGUCUCGUCGGUGGUAGCUAGUCAGGAGGGGGCGAAGCCGAAGUACUAUUUCCCCCGCCAUGUCAAGCGGCAACUCACCAACGCGACAACGACAUCGCACGAGAGCUUCAAGCCAUCUACCUCGCUAGACACGACCAAAAGGCAGUCCAACUCGGAAUCGGACUCGUCCAGCGACUCGAGGGUGACAACCAUUGUUGUUCCCGUCACAGUUAUUGUCUCGCCACCUUUCCCAACUCCCACUUCGGACUCCACCUCCACCACUAAGAGCGCAUCCAGCAGUGUCUCCUCGAGUGAAAGCUCAUCCGACAGCAGCACUAGCGAGCCAUCGGAUAGUAGCUCUGCCACGGACGGCUCGUCCAGUGUUUCCUCGUCGACCAGGAGCUCGGCUCGCAGCAGCUCAACGAGUGACAGCUCGUCUGAGACGCCUUCCUCUACUGAGAGCUCGUCUGAGACGUUUUCCUCUACUGAGAGCUCGUCUGAGACGCCUUCUUCUACCGAGACAGCGCCUGGUAGCACCAGCUCACCCGACGACAGCUCAUCGAGCGAAACCUCGACCAGCGAGCCCGAACGGCCUUCCUCAACCGUUCUGCCGCCGGUCCUCGGCAACAACACGAGCAGCAUUGUUGAUGACGAACCCACAUCGACUAGCACCCCAGGCCCGGAGGAAACAACGACGUCUGAGGAGCUCCCGGUCCCGACGAUAAGCACAUCCGGAAUUCUGAUUGCGCCAACUGGCAUCGUGACGCCUAGCUCAAGCAGCUCUGAACCUGGCAACCCGCUCAGCUCUCUUCUCAGUGACAUCGACUCGGUCAUUUCCAGCGUUUUCGAACCGUCGCCAAAUGCCACAGCCACUUCCACCUCGGUUUUGGGCCCCACGGACGGUAUUACCGGACCCGGCACGGGUAUUACAACAAGUGCGCCGGCGACGGUGACCGAGCCGCCCGUGUCGGAAUCGACAACCAUCAGCGACCCGGGUCUGCCUCCGGUGACAAACUCGACCAUCUCGGCUACUGAAAGCACGACCACACCAGCCCCUCCCGGUAGCACUUCGAUUAGCAUCCCGGGGACUGGCACCAACGCAACAACAAGUUUCACUCUGCCGCCGCCAGAGAGCAGCGGGCCCACCUCUUUGCCCGGCAACAGUUCGGUUCCGACCGGCAAUAGCACAAUCCCCACGGAGACGUCGCUCCCGCCGACUACCACCGCCCCUCCUCCUUCGAAGACAUCCGAUACCACCAGCGAGCCGCCGGAAGCUGGUGUUACGAGCAUCCCGCUGAUCACCACGUCGUUUGAGCCCACGCAGCCGUAUAUCCCCUCGACAAUCCUUGUGGACCCCAUUUCGACCACAGCCUCCGGAUUAGUGCCGACGACCGCGAGUGGUAUCCCGAGUCGUCUCCCCUCAGCAAUUGCACCGAACACUGGCCCGACUAAGCAGCCCGAGGAUACGAAACUCAUCCAGAUUGGAUUCCGCGAGGGAUACAACUAUCCGUUUGUUGUUGCGGAGGACAGGGCUGCGGCUCAGAUUUUCAAGUACCUUCCUCAAGCCCUGGCCGACGCAGGCGGGUUCGAUAUCAACAAGGCCCAGGUAAAGCGGCUGGUACCAAUGGAUACGCAGAACUCGCUGGGCUACAUCACGACGUGUGCCAUCAUAUCGUACCCGAGGAGCAUGGUGGAAGCCCUGUCUAUCGACAUCAAGCUGCCGAACGCGGCCCUGUACCACAAUGACAAUCAGCUUAUCUAUAACCUCACACAGCAGAUCAACCCGGCGAUUCCCAUCGAGGUUGGUCAGUUGCCCGACGGGCCGGACGGCGGCGCGGGUGGGUCUGCGGGCGGCAGCUCGGGCGGUGGCGGCGGCUCCAGCAAUGACCCCUUUGGCGGCAGCGGCGACGGCAACUCGGAAGGCCAGAGCAGUGCGCAGCGGGGCACGACGGCGGGUAUCGUCAGUGGUGCGGUCGCCGUGGCUGCGGCGUACGGUGUGGUCAUGUUUGUCGUGGCGCGGCGGUACAAGCGCAAGAAGCAGUCGCAUCGCCGCGCAAGCUCCAUCAGCAACCCGUCCGAGAUGAGCGAGGCCGGGCGCGGAAGUCCCGCGCUUAUGGGCGGCGCUCUGCUCAGUCGCGACUUCACGAGCAGCUACGGGGCGAUGCCGGCGGGCGGGCGAGACAGCCAGGGCAGUGGCAGGAGCGGCAUGGGCAAUUCGGGGCGGACGCAGUUCAUCUCGGCGCCCGUCGCAGCCGGAAACUCGCUCGGCUGGAACUGA